GACGACUUUCACCAUUUUUGAGAAUCUAUUUGUCAGCUAUUGUGAUUGUUUUGUAGUUUUGCUCUUGAAAACCACUGAAAGUGAAAACUAUUAAAUUACAAAAUAGUUUAGGAGAACGUUUGUGAUUGAAAUCUACUAUAUCGCACUGCAUGACAAAUAAUAAGUUUUUUGCCUGUUACUUCAAUAUGUUACCAUAUGGAAUUGAGCUAAUAUGGAAUCUGUUUAUACUUACAGACAUGGAUGAUUGUGAAGCACAAAAUGAUGAAAUUAUGGCUUUAAAGAGCAUAUUAGAAGAGACACAGAUUCAUGUAAGAAACUCUACAGCAUCAGAGAUAGUUGGAUGCAUUUAUGUAAAGCCAGAUGUGCCAGAAAAUUUUAUCGUUGAAGCCAAUAAAGAUGGCAAAAUGCAACAGUUUGCUGUACAUCACCUUUGUCCCAUUGAAUUGCAUUUUAGCAUCCCUGUUAACUACCCAACAGUUAACCCACCUAACUUCACAUUAGUUUGUAAAUGGCUGAGAAGAGAUCAGCUGUCAAAGCUUUGCCAAAAGCUUGAUAACAAAUGGGAAGAUGAGUCAAAAGGACAGGUGGUAUUAUUUGAGUGGAUGCAGUUCCUGCAAUAUGAAGCAUUACAAUUCCUAGAAAUACAGAGUUCUUUGGAUCUAUCAUGGUCCUAUUUACUGGUUAAACCUACCAGACUAUCUUCCAGUUUGUCAGAGCGCCAACACUCCCCUGUUGCUGCCAGUGUACAUCGACCUAUCAUCAAACUAGAUUCUAGAGCUGUUUCAGAUAACCAAUGUGAUGGAGAUCUUCUAGAAGUGUUAAAAGAAUAUGAAAGGGUAGCUGAACAGUUAAUGUUUGUGAAGGCUAGUCAUACUUGCAAAGUUUGUUUUGGUGAUAAGUUGGGUGUUACUUGUAUUCGGUUUCCAAGCUGCAACCAUGUGUACUGCAAAGAAUGCAUGAGGAGCUAUUUCGAAAUUAAAAUUGCGGAAGGUGCAGUUAACGGAUUACAUUGCCCGGAAGAUAAGUGUGCAUCCCAAGCUUCCCCUGGACAAGUGAAAGAAUUGGUCAGUGCUGAUACGUUUGCGCGUUAUGAUACAUUACUCCUUCAAUCUACCAUAGCUUCAAUGACUAAUAUUACGUAUUGUCCGCGACCUCAAUGCCAAUAUCCAGUUUCUUAUGAGCCAGAGAGCAAUCUUGUUUCUUGUCCAUAUUGCAAUUUCCAUUUUUGUCUGAUGUGUAAGGCAACUUAUCAUGGUGUUGCUCCAUGUAAAAUGACUUCAGCGGAAAAAAUGAAGCUUUUUGACAAUUACAUCAAUGGAGAUGACUCAACUAGAGAGAGUAUGGAAAAGCGUUACGGGAAGAAACAAUUAAAAUCCAUGGUGAAUGAUAUUCAAGCUGAAACAUGGAUUGGACAGAACAGUAAGCCAUGUCCACAUUGUAACGCACCUAUUGAGAAAAAAGAUGGAUGUAACAAAAUGUCCUGUCCUCGUUGCAAUACCUAUUUUUGUUGGCUGUGCCUUGCUCAACUCGAUCCGAAGUGCCCCUAUUUACACUUUUCAAAUGCCAGCGCCAGAUGUAAUCUGUUUGAGGGCUUAGUUGACGAUGAUGCAGAUGAGAAUGAUUGGAUAAAUAUUAAUGGUGAUAUUGACGAUGAUUUCAGUGAUGAUGAAAAUUUCGUUAAUAUGCUGUAGAUAUGUUGGCAGCAGAAACAUUCGUUCCAAGGAACCGCGAAGUUUAUACACAAUUUUUACACUACUAUUAUAACCUGGGAGCAACAAACAAUACCACAAACACCAAUAAAAACUCUCUAAAAGUUAAGCAUUUUUAUUCGAAUGGCUUGAUUCCAAUAUAAUGGUCUUGAUUCGAAUACAUGCAACCAACUAUACAUUA